AUGGCAGGAUACUUGGAUUCUGUAGGAGGUAAUUCCAAAGAACGAGCCUUUACAAACAGAGUUAACUGGUUAAAAGAUGAACAAGAAAGAGUACAGAAAAAGACAUUUACAAAUUGGAUGAACACAUACCUCUGUCAACAUGUACCUCCUGAGAAAGUGGAUGAUUUAUUUGAAGAUAUUAAAUCUGGUGUGGUGCUAUUAUCUUUAUUGGAAGUAUUAUCAGGAGAAACAUUGAAAAUGGAGAGAGGAAAAAAUAUUAAGCGGCCACAUUUUCUGAGUAAUAUCAAAAAAGCAUUAGAUUUUCUAGAAGGAAAGAAGAUUAAAAUGGUGAAUAUUAACACUACUGAUAUAGCUGAUGGUAAACCAGCUAUUGUCCUGGGUCUCAUUUGGACAAUUAUCCUCUACUUCCAGAUUGAAGAGACAAUGUCUCAAGUGCCAAAUGUACAAGAUUUAACAGGAGAAGGGCCUUCUGCUAGUAAAAAGAUGGCUUUACCAAAGAAAAAUCUAUUGGCAUGGGUUGACAGUGUUCUAGGAAAGAAAUACGGUAUAGAAGUAAAGGAUUUUGGACCAAGUUGGAGAAGUGGUGUUGCAUUUAACCAGUUGAUACACAAUAUUAACCCUAAUUUAAUUGACAUGGAAGGUGUUAAACAACAAACAGCUAGAGUUAAUUUAGAACGAGCCUUCUCCAUUGCUGAUUCUGAAUUAGGCAUUCCACGCCUUCUAGAUGCUGAAGAUGUUGACGUAGCUAAGCCAGAUGAAAAAUCUAUUAUGACGUAUGUGGCUCAAUUCCUGAAAAAAUAUCCAGAUGCUGGAGAUUCAAAGCUCCAAGGAAUACCAAGUAAAAUGGACACACCAGAUCAAGAGAUGUCAGCAUAUUUUAGUCUGUAUAAUUGGUUAUCUAAAGAUGCAGCAGAGAUUCUAGCUAAUACUAGAGGUCCUGUUACAGACAGACAUUCUGAAUUUUUGGACUAUCUUGGAUUCAAAACAGAAUUAGACAGAAGAGAGACAGUUUAUUUGGCUCUUAAAGAUAGAGCCAUGACAGGUAAAUUCAAGAGAGUUAAUCCUCAAGAAUGGCAACAAUUACAAGACAAGUGGGAAGAAACAGAGGAACUGACACGAUUAUGGUUACUAAAAUUAGACCAGAGCUACCCAGGUCGUCUGGGAGAAUUUGGACGUUGGUUGUAUGAAGCUGAGACUUUAUUAAAGAAACCAGAAGAGUCCUUUGACAACCCUGAAGAUAUGGCUAGCUAUAUUGGAGAAUUACUAGCUGAACACAAGAGAUUUUUCAAAGAUCUGGAGCCCCAGAAGAAAUUCUUUGAACAAGUUAAAAAAGCAGGACACUUUGAAGGGGAACAACUCGAUCCACCUCAUAUGGAUCUGAUGGCAAAACGUCUACAACGAGUAUGUACUUUAGCUCCUGUCAGACAACGAAGACUAGAUUAUGAAGGAGCCAAGAUGCGUGUCUGGUCAAUUAUGUUAAUGACAGAAGACAAAAUUAAAUCAUGGAAAGUCAAAUAUGGCUGGCAAGAAGAAGUGGAAGAAAUGUACAAAGAUUAUGAGAAUUUAGUGCAAGGAAAUCAACUAAUUAUGACGUAUGACAGUACGUUUGCUGAAGUGAAAGGGAAAGGGGAUACUUACAGAAAAGAUGCUAAAGUUUCUCCAGAAGUGAAAAAUAUUCCUGAAGAAAUUGAGAGUAUUAGCACUAAAUGGAGAGUAUUAUCACAAGAAAUACAGGGUUUAAAGCCUACCUUUGAGAAACAAAUAGUAAUGUGGAAGAAUUAUGCAUCUGAUGUUAAUGCUCUAACUGCCUGGCUGGAUGGAGGAGAGAAGGUUAUGAAAGAAAAUUCAGCAGAAAAUAGAGCAUAUUUCUUCGGUGAUACGUCUGAUAUUGAGAAGAAAUUUGUAACGUUGAAUAAAUCUGGUGAAUAUUUAAUAGGAACCAGUCAACAACCAAUAGCAGAUGAGAUACGUCAAACUAUUGAAGAUCUAAAUAAUCAUUUCAAUGUCUUAAAACAAGAUUUUACUGUUUACCAACAAAAUGAAGUAGUGGAUAAAGCUCGUAGUGAAUAUACUAGUGGAUACAGUACUGUACAUGAGUGGUUAGAGUAUGCUGAUUCUAUUGUACAGUCCCCAGUACCAUGUAUACAUGCUGAUUUGAAGGAAUAUCUUCUUAAAUUAGAAGAAUUAAGUACAAGAGUUCCUGAUAUUGAAAAUGAAUUUAAAGUAAUCACCAAGACAGCCCAGUCACUGGUCAAAAAUACACCACCAGAGGUCAUUAAUGAGAUGUUACAGAAUUUAAAUAUUAAAAAAGAAAUCAUUGUAAGAAUAAGAAAACAAAUCCCAGAUAAAAAGAAAUAUUUAAAAGCUGUUCUACCUAAUGUAGAGAGUUUAGAAACAGGUUUAAUAGAUCUAAAUAAAUGGUUAGAUGAAGGAGAAGAUCUGAUUCAAUCUCAUAAAAUGGAGGGAAAUGCUGCAGAUUCUGAGACCACACUGGAACAACAUAAGGCUUUUUUCUCACAGUUGAUCUACCAGAAGUCAAUACUAGAAAGUAAAAAUAAGGUUUAUAAUAAAAUCUGUAGUACUAAACCUAAACUAAAUAAUGUGGACUUUCAACCAGUUGAUGAUGUCAUGAACACAGUCAAUACCAGAUUCCAGAAUCUUCAAACAUCAUCCAAAGAUUGGGAAAGGAAGUUAGAAAGUCAGGUGAAAUUAUGGCGUCUGCUAGGUGUUAAACAGACACAACUAGAAGAGUGGUUAGACAAUGCUGAAGCAAUACUGGAAGAAAAUUCUGAUGAUGUUGAAAGCCUCAUACGUAAACACAGAAGAUUUUUUGAUCGUGUUGAUGAGAAGCCAUUAAAGGAAUAUUUAUCAGCUGGUAAACAAAUCUUACAGACCCUGUCUCAACCUGAUUCACAACAAUUACAACUAGAAAUGGAACAAUUGGAAGCUAGAUAUAAGAAUAUUUUACAUCAUGCUCCAUUAAGAUUAUUACAUCUGGAGUUCUCCUUACCUGAAGGUAAAUUCUGUCAGAAUAUGGAAACAGCAGAAAAAGCCUUGAAACAGCAUCAAGAACAGCUACAAAGUAGAGUAAAUGUCAAAGAAGCUCUGCUUAAACACAAGCAAAUAUUCCAAGAUGGCCAACUGAUGCCAACAAUGGAGAAGUAUUUAGAGAGUAUGGGAGAGAAAGGCAAUAUGUUAAUGAAGUUAACUAAGACAGAUUCUACAUUAGUAGACAGACACAAAGAUUAUGUUGAUCAGUAUAAUAAGUUACAGUCGUAUGUUGGUAAUAUACAUCUACAAUUAAAACAACUACCUGAACGCUGGAAAGAAUAUCAUAACAGAUUGUCUGAAUUUAGUACAUGGGUACAGGAAGUUGAAGGACUGAUCACUGAAAUGAAGAAACCGAAUUUAAGUAGUGAAGAAUAUAGAGAAGCCUUGGCUAAAUUCCAGAAAGCUAUGAAAAAUCGUGCAAAAUAUGCUGAUGAAGCAAAAUGGUUAGAAGACAAUUUAAAUGAAUUAAAUCAAGAUAGUAACACAGCAGACGCACGAAAAGAGCGGGAAAAACUGCAAAAUCUGAUCAACAGAUUUGACAAAUUGAAACCAGCCAUGGACCAAACAGCAGGAAAAUCAUCAAUUUAUACCAAGAGUUUUGAUUAUCGUGACAAUUUAUCCAGACAGUUUGGAUGGUUAGAUGAUGCCCAUAAACAUGUCAUGGAGCAACCUUGUAUUGAUAGUCUAGAACAAGCUAAAGAAUGUCUUAAUGAACAUGAGGGUAUAAUGAGAAGAUUAGAAGAAGAAAAAGCAAGAGUCAUGGCUGACUUGGAAGCAGGCAGACGUCUUCAACAAGAUAAAGAUGCCCCAGAUUUUGUUAGUAAAGCUGUGGCUGAUCUUGAUAAAAAAUGGAAGGACACCAACCACUUAGCUAAAGCUAAACAAGAGAAACUCAGGGCUCAAGUAGAGAACUGGGAAUCGUACGAAGGUAACCGUGGAUUAUUGAUGAAAUAUUUAAAAGAUGCGGAGGCUGAGUUGGAGAAACCACCAGCAUCACCAGGUCAAGAUCAAGCUGAAAAAGAUUUCCAUAAUAAAAAGGAGCUACAGAAAUCAUUAAACAAACUGAAAGGUAGUCUGAGUGAAAUGCAGAAACUGAACUCUUUAUUGUGUGAAGGAGCAAGCAGAGAGAGACAGGGACCAUUGAAAGCUGAAGUUUCUGAUAUUGAUGUUAAAUUAGACAACAUAGCGAAACGACUCAAUGCUAAAUUAGCUGAUCUAGAAACAACCAUCUCAAAAUGGGCCGAAUAUUACAAACGUCUAAAUCAUUUCUGUGAUUGGUUGAAUGAACGUGAGUCUAAUCUAAAUGAAGUUUAUGAAAAUAAAGGUGACUCUCCUGAACAGAAGUUAGAAAAAGCUGAGGAAAUAUCAACAGAGGUUUACGAAAACCACAUUAGCCUGGAAACAUUAGAAAAAGAUGCUAGAGGCUUGACACAAAACUUCCGCUCCAGAGAAACCAGUGCCUUAAAAACUAAACUAACCAGUGUCAGACGACAAUGGGAAAGUUUAUGUUCCAGAGCUAAAGAUAGGAGUACCACAUUGUCUGGAAAUGUUGCUCACUGGCAGAAAUACCAGAAUCUACAAUCACAACUGACUCCAUGGAUUGUAAAAGGAGAGAAAUAUUGUGCCACAGAAUUACCAAAAUGUACCAGUUUAGCUGAAGCUCAAGAACUAUACAAUCUUCAUCAGAGCUUCCUUCAAGAAUGUGAAAAUAAUCUACCAAUAUUUGACAAGAUGAGCACAGAAGCAGGGUAUUUAUUAGAGCAGCCUAAUGUAGCUAGAGAAUUAGAUGGUAUACAGAAACGAUGGGGCAAUAUACUCAAUACGUCUGAUGAUCGAACUCAUAAACUGGACAAAAUGUACGGAGCCUGGACAGCUUAUGAAAACGAAGUUGCAGAUUUCCGUGAAAUACUCCAGAAAUUCCAGAAUAGAUUAGCUGUAGAACCCAAUAUGUCUUCUUCUGAUGUUCAUGUAUUAGAACACGAGUUGGCGCUAGCUAAGUCGCUGCAAGAAGAAAUCCGAGGACACCAACCCAGACUAAACACAUUACAACGAUUAUUUGAACAAGUCCAACCUCAUGCUAACACAGAAGGUUUCCAACAUCUUAAAGCUCAACAGGAAGAGAUCAAAUCUAUUUGGGGAGACGUUAAUGCUGACGCCUUAGAGAGAGUGAAGAUGUUAAAUAGUGCCUUGAGUCACAGACGGGAUCUAUUCAGUCAAGCAGAUUCAUUAGAAGCUUGGAUGAAAAAGAUGCAGAGAAAGAUUGCUGCUGGUGGUGACAUCUAUUCUGAUGAAAUUCCAGAAACUUCUGCCAAGUUGAGGGAAAUUCGAAGUGAGUUCUCCCAACAAGAUCCAACUCUUCAAAUGAUUCAACAGGAAUUUAGAGACAUGAUGCAGAACUGUAGUGAGGAGGAGGCGGCCAUUUUGAGUGAAAGAUUAGACCGUCUGCUAAAUAAUUAUUCAGAUAUGGAGGACACUAUACAGAAACGUGAACAACUAUGUGAAAACUGGAUAAACUUCAAUGAUAAGCAAAAAGAAGCCCAGGCACGAUUAAAAGCUCUUCAAGCUCGUUUAGCUUCACCAGAUGUCAAAGAAGAUGAAGUGAUUCAGAUAAAACGUGAAAUUGAAAUGAUCAAAAAUGGACUGCAGAACUGGAAUCAGCAAUCAGAGCCCCUGGAUGAACUGAUGGUUAAUGCCAAGAUGACUAUUAAGGACAGAGCUACACAAAGAUCUCUCCAUUUUGGAUCUGAAGUUCAAGGAAUUGCUAACUCCUGUGAUAAUGUCAUGUAUGAAGCAGAACGUAAAGAAGAACAUUUGGGUGAGCUUCAUCAACUUAGUGAUGACUUCUCAGAUAAGAAAAAACAACUUAUUGCUAAACUUGGUGACUUGGAGAAGAAGAUCAACUCAGCUAAAGUGAAUAAAUCUGAUUUACAAGGUCUGAAGGAUCUGGUCAGUGAAAUUGAGGAUGUACGAGAUGAAAUGUAUGCCUUGAAUCCCGAAUAUGAACAGUUUAGAGAACUUGGUCGACAAAUCAUGCAAGCAGAUGUAGACAAAUCCCCUAUUGUCCAGACUCAAUUAAAUCAAGUCAAUGAAGCUUGGGAUAGAGUUCAGUCUCUCCUUGGUGAUAAACAUCAAACAUAUACUAGCUAUGUGAAUUUAUGGAUGCAGUAUAAUGAUGCCAAGAGUGGUGUGAAUCAUGUUUUAGAUGAUAUUGAUCCAGUCGUACGACAAGACAUUGCCUUCAAUAAUCCUGAUGACGUCAAAAAAUCACUUGAUCAGCACAGGAAUGCUGGUUUUGAACUUCAAGCUAAUCAAACACAACUAGAGCAUAUGAAUAAUAAAGGUCUACAACUGUUUGAUGAAUUGAAAAAAUUACCCAAUUUUAAUGCCCAAGAAUUAGUCCAAGAUUUGGACACCAUGAACCAUGAUUGGGAGACAGCUAAUGGCAUCAUUGAAGAUCAUGAGAAGAAUCUAGAAGCUCAACUGGUCUGUUGGGAUCAGAUCAAUUCUGGACGUGAAGAAGUAGCCUCCUGGUUAAAUGGUACUAUGGAUAAACUGGGAGACAGUAUUAAAAAUUUCAAUGAUACUGCUAGUGUAGAAUCAAAACUGGCAAAAUACAAGGAAGAAGCACCAUACCAUAAAUCAGUCCUAGAAGAAAUCACCCAGAAAAUAGCUGACUUGAAAGAAUUAAACAAAAAUAAACCAUUACCUGAAUUAGAGAGAUCCCAACGUGAAAUGACAGAGAAAUUUGAAAAUGCCACAAUGUUGGCUAACCAGUUAGACUCCACCAUGUCCACCUUCGCUGAUGAACAGAAACAGUUAGAGAAAGAGAUGGAAGAACAGAGUGAAUUACUGAAUGAAAUGAGAGAAUUAAUGACUAAAUGUGAUGAUUUAUCUGGUAAUGAUGAAGAUGUUGUGGCCAGAUAUCAAGCUCUUAAGGAAAGUAUAGAAUUGUACUGUGUAUGGUUUGUUGAUGGUGAAAAGAGGUCAAAUCAAGAGGUACAAGAAAAGUUGUUAGAAAAACAGAGAAGAAUAGCAGCCAUACAGGACAAAUCUGCUGCCUUACAAGCCAAAUAUCCUUCAGCUGAAUCUGCUAGUUUAGUUAAAGAUGCUAACACACUGAGUAGGAAACUUGAAACAAUGCUAGGUCGUGCUGAUAGAAUAGAAGAUUCUCUGAAAGGAACAUUGGAACAACGUUAUAUUGAUGCCGUGAAUCAAGAGGGAAGAUGGCUGAACUCGGCUAAAGAGAAAGUCAUGUGGUGUGAAGAUAUAGGUGGUGAUAGAUAUAGUGUAGAGUCAAAAUUAGACACCAUAAAGGAACUUCAUGGUGGUUUAGCAGAAGGACAACAAAGAAAGGCUGCUACAGAAGAGAAAUUGAGAUUAUUGAGGUCUAUUUUACCUAGAGAAAGAUUACUAGAAUUAGAGGGUCAGAAUCAACAGAUGGAACAAGAAUUCCAGGGACUCAUUGGACAGAUUGCACAAACACAAAAUAAACUAGAAACAUCUAUUGACCAAUGGUCAGAAUAUGAUGGUCGAUAUGAAAAACUAGCUCAAUGGUUAAAAGACAUGGAGGCUAGAUCACGUAAUGAAUCUGGAUUAAAACCAGAUACCCCCAGUAAAAAGGAUCAACUUGAAGCUUAUAAGGAUAUGUUGGAUGAAGUCCAGUCACAUCAGAAUGAUUUUGAAAAUUUAAAAGAUGCUGCUUAUAAAAUUUCUAGAACAACAGGUGAUAACAGAACAGCUUCCUAUGCUACCCAACUAUAUACCAGAUAUAAAAAUCUAGCUGAUAAUAUUAAGGAAAAUGUUGAUAAAUGUGAACAAAAUAUAGACGACCAUCAACAGUUCCUGGAGAAUGAACAGGAAUUUAAGACUUGGUUGGAAUCAGCUGAUGGACUACUGAAUGAUUGUAAGAAACAAGGUGGUGAUGAGGAAUCUCUUAACGCCAAGUUACAGCUUGUACAGAACAUUGUUGCAAGUAAGGACCAAGGACUAGCUAGAUUCAACAGAGCUUUGGAAUCUGGAGAAAAGCUCUUCCCUAAUACAUCCAAUGAAGGUAGAGAUGUUGUUCGACAUGAGCUACGAGGAUUGAGAGAAUCCUGGGAUAGAUUCAACGACAAUUUGAAUGAUACUCAGCGAGAAUUAGAUAGCAGUCGUAUGAAAUGGUCAACAUUUGAUGAAAAUUAUGAUCAGCUAACCCAGUGGUUAGCAGAAACAGAACAUCAACUUGGACAUGAACCUGAUGUUAAAAACAGUUUACCUGAGAAAAAAGCACAACUGCAACAUCUGAAGACAAGAUGCCAAGAUAUCCUCUCACAUAAACCAAUGAUAGACAGUAUUAGUGAUAAGGGAACAGCUUUGUCGUCUGCUCAGGUUCAGACUAAAUUAAACAAACUAAAUGAUAAAUACAAUACUUUGUGUUCUUUUGCUAAGGAGAGUGUAAAGAAUCUUGAAAAUGGCGUUGAUGAACAUGAAAAGUAUCAAGAUGCUACUCAGCAAUGUAGAGACUGGAUGUCUGUGACUAAUGAUAAACUUGCCGUCUGUGGUGAAGUAGGGGGAGAUAAGAAAUCUCUACAAAACAGAUUGGAUAGAGUUGAGGAUUUGAAGAACAGUCUUAAAGAUGGUGAGGCUAAGGUAAAGAAUGCACACUACCAUGGAGAGAAAGCAAUGCAGACGACAGCUCCACAGGGUCAGGCUACUGUCCAACAUGAACUCAACACACUUACACAAGAUUGGGAGAACCUUGUUGAUAGGAUGGGUGAAACACAACAAGGCUUGAUGCAUGCUAUACAAGCUGUAGACCACUAUGAUGGUUCAUGUGAUAACCUCAAUAAAUGGCUACGUGAAGUGGAAGGUGAAAUAAAAUCUGUUGAAUAUAAAUCUACUCUCAAUGACAAGGAAAAUCAACUGCAAAAACUUAAGAAUUUAUUACGAGAUGUAAAUGAGAAACAGAAUCAGUUUGAUGAAGUACAGACAAUGGCUGCCACUAUACCUAGUAGUGAUGGUAGAUUAGUCAACUAUAGUACACAGUUAGUCACUAGAUAUGAUACAGCUAAAUCUACAUUAAAGGAUCUUAUCGGUAAGUGGGAAGAAUUAUGUGAAGAACAUCAAGUAUAUGAAGGUAAUUAUGAAGAAUGUGCAGAAUGGUUGAAUACUCUACAGAAACGUACUGAUAUCUGUUCAGAUUUAGCUGGCGAUAAACAUGAUGUUGAAGAUAGACUAGUAAGAUUACAUGAACUAUCAGCAGAGAAAGACCAAGAAGCCAGUAAAAUACAUCAAACUAUAGAAUCUGGUGAAAAACUAUAUUCUACAACAUCAUCAGAAGGUCGUGAUGUUAUUAGACAAGAUCUUAGAGCUUUACGUGAGCAAUGGGAAAAUGUCUGUGAUAGAUUAUCAGAAACUAAUCGUAAGCUAGACUCCAGUUUAAACCAAUGGUCAUCAUAUGAUGAAAACUCUGAGAAAUUCCACAAAUGGCUGAUAGAUAUGGAGGUCAAGUUAAAAGAAGAUGCUGAUUUGAAAACAACCUUACCUGAUAAGAAAGCUCAGCUGCAGAAUCAUAAGAUACUUCACCAAGAUAUCCUUUCAAGACAAUAUGUGAUGGAAAAUCUGACCAAGAAAGCCAACUCUUUGAUGCAUUCCACACCAUCAGCUCGUGUUAACAAGUUUGUAGCUGAACUACAGAAGAAGUACAAUAAACUAUGUGACACAUCAAAGACAAUCCUAGAUACAUUAGAUCAAUCAGCUCGUGAUCAUCAGCAAUAUCAAGAUAGUUAUCAAGAUUGUCAAGAUUGGUUAAAUUCAUCCCGUGAUAAGAUAGCUGCCUGUACUGAUAGAUCUGGUGAUAAGAUGUCUCUACAGAGUAAACGAGAACGAUUGAGGGAGUUCGUUAACAGCGUACCAGAAGGUGAAAAGAAACUUCAAAAUACUUUAGAACUUGGUGAUGUGACUGCCAAAAAUACCUCAUCACAAGGUCGGGAGAUUUUGAAACGGGAGAUUGAACACAUUCAACGAGAAUGGCAGGAUUAUCUUAGUCUGAUAGAGAUGUCAGAAACCUCUCUAGAACAGGCUAUGGUACAAUGGGGUGAUUUUGAGACUAAAUUUGACUCCUGUGCUGCCUGGUUGAAGAAUAUGGAACAACAGGUUAAAAAUUAUGAUUUGAAAUCAACAGUAGGGGAAAAACAAGCACAUGUUGAGAAAUUAAAGAAACAAAGAGAAGAGAUUUUAGCCCACCAACCCGAUAUUGACAGAUUUACAGACGACGCCCAAAACUUACUUCAUACUAGUUCAGAUAUCAGACUUAGUACCCAAGUAUCUAAUCUUACCAAUAGAUAUCAAGGUCUACUAACUUUAGUCAAGGAUCUGAUUAAUAAAUGGGAGAAGUUUGUGAUAGAUCAUCAGACGUAUGAUAAUCGUAUUGAUGAUUUUAAUCAAUGGAUAAUGAUAGAAGAUCAGAAAUUAUCAUCAUGUCAACAACCUGUCAGUAGUCAGGAUUCUUUGGAGGAGAAAAAGACUGUCUUACAGAUGUUGUUUGCUGAAAAGGAACAUGGCCUACAAAAACUGAACUCUUCAAUUGAAGCUGGUGAAAGGUUGUACCCAGAUACAGCAGGCCCUGGAAGAGAAAAAGUCAGACAAGAAUUGAGAACUGCUAAAGAAAAUUGGGAACAACUGUUCAGUGGUUUGAAUGAUGCUCAGAGAAAAGUUGACACAUUCCUAAUUCAGUGGUCAUCAUAUGCAGACGGUCAAGAGAGUUUACAAAGAUGGAUGUCAGAAACUGAGUCUGCUCUUAGAGCUGAUGUAGAUAUGAAGAACACUUUACAAGAGAAGAGAACCCAGCUACAAAAACAUAGGUCACUGUUACAAGACAUAACUUCUCAUCAACGUAUGGUAGAUUCUGUAGUAGAGAAAGCUCAAGGUGUAUUACAGACUACCUCUAAUCCUGAUGUAGCUUCCUUUAUUACUAAUAUCAACUCACGAUAUGAAAAACUGGCUUCAGAUGCUAAGACAUUGAUAGCAAGAUCAGAAGAAAAUGUAGAAGUACAUCAGAAAUAUCAAGACAGUUUACAGACAGUUGUAGAUUGGUUAAGUCAUAUGAAAGAUAAACAGAAUAUGUGUGGUGAUACAACUGGUGAUAGACAUACUAUACAAAAUAAACUAGAGAGACUCAGUGAACUGGUAACCAAUUUAUCAGAUGGAGUUGAUCGUAUCAAAGAAUGUGAAACAUAUGCUGAAAACACCAUGAAUACAACAGCCUUGAAAGGUCGUCAAGGUAUACAACAGGAACUUGAUGUCCUCCAUCUUGAUUGGGAAGAUUAUAAAAUCAAACUCAGUUCUUUACGAGAUAGUCUGGAACAAGCCUUGUAUUACUGGACACUGUAUGAAGAAAACUAUUCCAAGAUGUCCCAAUGGAUUAAAGACCUGGAAAAACAAGUCAAAGAUAUGCCAAACAGGUCAACUUUGGAUGAAAAACAAGAAUCUUUGAGAAAAUGCCAGGAAAUUGUACAAGAGGUCAAAGGCCGACAAAGAGACAUAGAUAAAUUUGCUGAUGAUGCUCAGACUUUACAAAAUUUAACCAACGAAGGUCGAGUUGGUACAUUUGUAUCCCAAUUAGUAACUAGAUACCAGAAUUUACUUACUAAUUCAAAGGAAAAUGUGAAGAAAUGUGAACAGAAUGUGGAAGAUCAUAAAUUAUUUAAAGAAAAACUAGCAGACUGUAAUCAAUGGCUGACAAAAUCACGAAACAAGUUCAACAACUGUCCUGACACUGGUAAUUCAAGAGCAGCAUUAGAAGACAGUUUAGAGAAAGUCCAGGAUCUGCUGCGAGAUAGAGAUGCUGGAUUUGCUAAAUUGAAUCAAGUGAUCGAAAGUGGUGAACAUCUGUACCCUACCACAGCAACAGAGGGACGUGAAGCCAUUAGACAAGAAUUACGUAAACUUAAACUAGGUUUUGAGGGAUUGUAUGACGAUCUCUCGGCCACUCAACGUAAAUUAGAGGUAUCUCUUGUCCAAUGGACUUCAUUUGAUGAUAGUCAUAGCCAAGUAGAUAAUUGGUUACGCGAUAUGGAGUUACAGUUACAUGGUUCCAUUCCCCUCAGGUCUACUCUAGAAGAAAAGAAAACACAGUUACAGAACUUCAAGGCCUUACAUCAAGAUGUACUGUCUUAUCAACGUGUUAUAGAGAGUAUAGGAGAUAAAGCUCAAUCAUUGGUCCACAGCAGUCCAGAUUCAGAUCUCAAUAAAUUUACAUCACAAACUAGUUCUCGUUAUCAAAAACUCUGUCAAGCUUCCAAGGAUUAUGUACAACAAUAUGAGGUAUUAGUAUCAGAUCAUCAACAAUAUAAUGAUGCCUAUAACAUGUGUGUAGAAUGGUUAAAUAGUAUCAGAGAGAAAUUGUCUGCCUGUGCCGAUGUUUCUGGGGAUCGACAUGCUAUACAGAAUAGACUUGAUAAAAUACAGGAUAUAUUGGCCACAAAACUAGAAGGAGAACCAAAAGUGAAUAAUGUAAUGAAACUAGCAGAGAAAGUCCUGCCUAAUACAGCUCCCCAGGGUAAAGAUAUCAUAGUACGAGAAACUGAUGCUUUACGAGAGGAUUGGGAAGCCUUUAUGACUGCCUUAGUUAAGACCAAGAGUGAUUUAGAGAAAUGUAUGGAUCAAUGGAAAGAAUUUGAAACCUGGCAUGAGAAAUGUGCUUCAUGGUUAAAAGAUACAGAACAUAAGAUAAGAGAAGUGGAUCUGAAAGCAACUCUUAAAGAAAAGAUAACUCAACUUGAUAAAUUAAAGCGUCUGCAUGAAGAAAUCCACGGUCACCAGAAAGACAUGGAUUCAUUAAGUGAUUCAGCUCAAGAUUUAUUACGACUUAGUACCGAUACUAGAGUUAUCAGUCAAGCUUCCCAGCUCUCGACUAAAUAUCAGACACUACAGGUGAACAUCAAGGAAUUGAUACGUCGUUGGGAACAGUAUGUUAUAGAUCAUCAAUCUUAUAGUGAAUCAUUUGAACAUUGUAAAAAUUGGUUGAUUGAUAUGAGAUCUAAGAUUAAUGAUGUUAUAGAAACUAAUGGUGAUAAACAUACAAUUCAACAGAGACUGACGAGAGUUCAGGAUUUACUCUCAGCCAAAGAAGAAGGUUUACAUAUGUUACAAAUAGCCUUAGAUAAUUUACAAGUUGUUUUACCCAACACGUCUGUUACUGGUCGUGAUAACAUGAGACGAGAGAUGCAACAGUUACAACAGGAAUACGAUGCCCUGUCAGCAGAUCUGAAUGAGAGUAAAAUGAGACAAGAGAGUUGCCUGUCACAAUGGACGGUCUAUGAUGACAGUACAGAACAGUUAGAAAGAUGGUUACAUGAUCUCGAGGGUCAAAUUCAAGUAGAAUCCCAACCACAGAACACAUUACAAGAGAAAAAGUUGCAAUUAGAAAGAAUUAAGGUUUUACAACUAAAUAUCAAUGCACAACAGAGUACUAUAGAUAAUCUGAAUGAGAAAGCACAAACAUUGAAACAGAUGUCACAUGACUCCAAUUUAACCAAUCAGAUUAAACAGAUAGUUGACAGAUAUGAUAAACUACGAACUCAAGUUAAGGACUUGUUACAAAAUGGUGAGAAAUAUGUUCGUGAUCAUCAGAUAUAUUGUGAUGUAUUUAUGGAGACUAGUGAUUGGUUGACAGCUAGUAUAGAUAGAUUAAGUAUAUGUAGUGUUGUUCGUGGUGAUAGAACUGUUAUUGAAGCUCAAGUUCACAAAGUACAGGACAUCCACACAACACAAGAAAUUGGAAAGAAGAAACUAGAUAAUGUUCUGACUAAAGGAAAAACAGUUUUACCUCAGACGUCUACCCAAGGUCAAAAACUCAUUCAAGAAGAAAUAGAUAAUUUGAUGAAGGAUUUUGAACACUUCCAAUCUGAUUUAAAAACAUCUUUAGAUUCAUUAUCAAAUUUGAGUGGUAAAUGGCAGAGUUAUGAAGAAUAUUAUAAUGAAUUAAGUAAAUGGAUAAAAGACACUGAAACCAGGAUGAAAACUGAAGCUGAUUUAUGUGCUACCUUAGACCAGAAACAUUCACAAGUUCUUAAACAGAGAUCACUACACGAAGAGAUAUUAAAUGAACAAGAGUCAUUCGAAAAACUUGGUGAACAGGCUCAGUUAUUGAUGCAGACGUCACCUGAUAGUCGUCUAUCAACACAACUGACACAACUUACUUCUAGAUAUAGUAGUCUUAUGUCACAGUCUAAGGAGUUAUUGAAAAGGUAUGAACAGUAUUUAGCUGAUCAUGAACAAUAUGAUAAGGUAUAUGAUGAAACUGUACAGUGGUUAUCUAAUACUCGGGAGAAACUAGCUAUCAAUACAGAUGUUACUGGUGAUAAACAGAAAAUACAGAAACAGAUUGAUAGACUCAAGGAAUUUGUAAUAAUGAAAGAGGAAGGUCAGAUGUUGAUUCAUACCACCAAUAACUGGGGAGAGAAAACUAUGACCAAUACAUCAGUUGAUGGUAGAGAGAGUAUACGUCAAGAUUUACAAGGUCUGCAGCAAGACUGGGAAUCUCUCAUCUCUGAUGUCACUGAUACUAAAGUCAUGUUGGAAGCCCGUCUGCUACAGUGGACUGAUUUUGAUGCCAGUUUAGAUGGAAUUCAGAGAUGGAUUAAGGAAACAGAAAAGAAAUUGAAGAGUUCUCAACUUAAAGGAGACAUAAGCGAAAAGAGGAAUGAAUUGCAGAAAAUUAAGGUAUCCUAUCAAGACAUUGUGUCCUAUGAACAGAUGAUAGAGUCAGUCAAUAAUAAAGCUGUAGAAUUAGAACCUAGUGCCACUGGUAGUAGAAUUGUAUCAGAUUCUUCUACACUGGCUACCAAAUACAAUACUUUAAAAGAACAGGCAAAGGAUUUACUAGCUAGAAAUGAACAAUAUGUAGCUAAUCAUCAAGAUUUCCUUGAUGCUUGUAAUAAUUUUAACUCCUGGUUACGUACAGCUAGAGAAAAACAUGCUACCUGCUCAGAUACUUUUGGUGAAAAAACUUCCAUUGAAUCUAAGAUUGAACGAUCCAAGAGCUUGAUGGCAAGUCUUAAUGAAGGAGCUCACAGACUAGCUCAAGCCAAUAAAGCAGGGGAAGCUACUCUCACAAGUACAUCACCAUCUGGUCAGACCAAGAUUAGACAAGAACUACAAGCUAUGAAUAAAGAAUUUGAAGAAUACAGAAACCAACUACUUCAUUCUCAAGCAGAACUGGACAAUUGUCAUUCAAGAUGGGAAGAUUUUGAACAUAGCUAUAUAGAUUUUAAUAAUUGGUUGAAAGAGACAGAAUCCAUCUUACGAGCUGAAAUGGAAUAUAAAUCCACAGUGGAAGAGAAGAAACAACAAUGGACUCAAUAUCAGUAUCAUCUGGAUGAAGUUCUAUCACAUCAGACGUCACUAGAUGAUGUCAGUGAGAAGGCCCAGGCAUUGUUACAGACCAAUGCAGAUGCUAAAACCAGUCAUGCUAUAACUCAGUUAACUACUAGAUACCAAUCUAUUAUAGCUCUAGCUAAGGAUCUGGUACAUUGCAGUGAAAAUAACUAUGAUAAUCAUGUUAACUAUAGAGAAAGAUUACAAGUAUUUACUGAAUGGUUAAAAGAUAUUAAGCGUAAGAUUAAAACUAUAGAAGAUGAUCGAGGUAACAGAGAAAAUGUUAAUAUUAGAUUGUCCCAAUUUGAUGAAAUCCAAAAUGGAAUGGAUCAAGGUCACAGUUAUCUUAGAGCUUUAUUAGAUGCUUGUGAAAAGACAUUACCUAGCACCAAUCCAAGAGGUUGUCAGAGCAUUCGCCAGGAAUCAGAGAAAGCUAAAGUAGAGUAUGAAAACUUGCUGACAGAGAUGUCUCAAGCCAAACGUAAUUUAGAGAAUGCUUUGACCCACUGGGGAGAUUAUGAUAGACUUCAAGAUCAACUACAUGAUUGGUUAACUGAUGUUGAACACAGAAUGAUGGCAGAUCCAGAUCUGAAAAAUGAUCUACCAGAAAAACGAUCCACUCUUGAAAAAUACAAGGCAUUAUUAGCAGACAUCUUGGCUCAUAAAGAUAUGAUGAGCAGACUGGAAGAGAAGUCAGGACAGGUUAAUGACCCUACGCCACAGACUAGAGUAGCUCAACUAAAGGCCAGAUAUCAAUCUGUAUUAAAUGCCAGCAAGGAUCUAGUUAGUCGUAUGGGAGGACAAGUUGAAUUGCAUGAAGAAUAUCGUAAAGCUUAUAUAGCCUGUUUAGAUUGGUUGGCUAACAAUAAACAUAGAUUACAGAGACUUAGUGAUUAUUCUGGUGACAAGAAAACUUUGCAGGAUAGACUACUACAACUCAGGGAAUUCAAGUCUGAAUUGAAAAGGGGACAAGAAAUGGUAGAAACUGCUGCAGGUCUUGGUAAUCAAGUUUGUCAGCAAACGGCUCCAAGAGGUCAAGAGGUCAUUCAACAGGAAGUGAAAUCCUUACGUGAUGAUUGGAAUAUGUUUGCUUCUGCUGUUAAUGAUGUUGAAGCUAAUCUAGAAACGUCUAUCACCAACUGGAGUCAACUGAAUGAGGAACAAGAAAGUUUCCUAGAAUGGAUUGAGAAAAAGGGACGAGAAGUUAAAGAACAACUAGAACCUACCAGUAAUCAGUUUAAAAAACAACAACAAUUAAGACGAGGAGAGGAUCUAUGUGAUAACAUCACUGAUAAUAAGGUAAUCUUAGAGAAAGUCAGAGAGAAAGGUGAUGCUAUUGCUCAAAGAUCAAGUGAUCCAAGACUCUCAAAUAAUAUGAUGCAGUUAUCAACUAAAUACCAGUCAUUAUGUUCCUCGGCCAAGAAUAUGGUACGUAAAUUGCGUGAUAAUGUUGAUGAUCAUAGAGAAUAUGAUGAUGCCUUGAAUAAUGGUGACAAAUGGUUGAAAUGGAUCAGAGACAGAGUUGAAGCUUGUAAAGACACAUCUGGUGAUUGGAAUGCUACCCAAGAUAGAAUAGAUGAUAUUAAGGAUAUUACUGCCAAUAUGGAUGAAGGUUUACAGAAAGUCAAUCAUGUAUGUGACCUAGCUGAGAGGAUCCUGCCUAACACCAGUAUGGAUGGUAAAAAGAUGGUGGAAGAACAAGUAACAGAUCUAACUAAUAACUGGGAUAAAUUAAACAGUUCUAUCUCUGAAGUCACGGCAAUGUUGGAAGGUGUGCAACAACGCUGGCAUGAUUAUGAGGAAUAUUUUGGAAGCCUGGUACGUUGGUUGGCUGAAAAGGAAAGUCUCCUAAGAAGUGAACCAGAACUUAAAGCUACCCUGGCUGAGAAAAAGAUUCAGCUUGAUAAAUACCAGAUGAUAUUAACAGAUAUAGAGAGUCAUAACAGGUUGAUAAAUGAAUUAGCUGAUAGGGUAGCUAAUCUACAAGCUCUGUGUGAUAAUCCACAAAUAGCCAAUUCCUUGUCUGAUGUACAACAGAGAUUUGAGGCUGUCAGAAACAGAUGUCAGGAUAUCGUUGAAAUGUUACAAGAUCGUUAUGAUGAACAUCUAUUAUUCCACGAAACACAACAAGAUUGUGAAAAAUGGUUGUUAGAUACUUCCUUCCGACUCAUGUCCCACAAUUCAUUAAAUGUUUCCACUAUGGAGCUAACAGAGAGACAAAUUGAAAAACAUAAGGCUAUAGUACGAGAGAUAACAAACUACCGUUCUACCAUGGAUCAUGUCAAUCAGAUCGGUCAAAGUUUAGUACUAAACAAUCCUAACAUAUUAAAACUUGCUGAACAAGUCCAGUCACAAUUACAGAAUUUAGAACAGAGUUACGUUAAUUUACAGUCCACAGCUCAACAAAUAAAGGAUCGAUUACAAGAUAUUCUCAAGAAAUGGCAGACGUACAAAAAGUUAUUAGAGAAGACUGAAGAAUAUUUAACAGACGAUGUGGUUGAAUGGUUGGAGGAAGCAGAAUCCAAUAUUCCAGACUCCAUUGAUGAAGCUCAACAACAAAGGGAAGCAACUCAGGCCUUGCUGGAGAAAUUAUAUGAAAGAAAGCAAGAACUAGCUGCUACAGCUCAUACAUGUGAAAAUCUUGGAAGCAUGGAGAAUUUAAAUCAAGAAGAAACCAGUUUAGAGUCACCAUUGAAUCAGUUUGCUGGACAAGUCAAUCAACAUAUGCAAGAAACUAUUGCAAAGGUUGAGAAAAGACUGGAUAGAUUGAGAGAUAUGAUGAGACAAUGGGAAGGUGUUGAUAGAACACGUGCUGAUCUCAAACAAUGGUUACGUAAUCGUCAAGAGGAAGUAGCAGACUUAGAAAAUAGACCUGCUAAACUUCAUUCUGAGGCUGCAGAGUUAGACAUUGAUAGAUUAAAGGGCAUUCGAGAUGAAGUUGAAGGUCGUGGACCAGCUAUUGAUGACCUCUUGUCUCAAUAUUGUGACCUGACAAACCAUAACGACACCAUCGUAGAUCCAGCUAUUAGAGCUUUAAAAGAUGAUUGGGAAGAACUCCUUGGCCAGAUUGACAAUCUAUUGGCAGACAGAGAGCAUGCCCUUAAUGCUGCUCGGGACCUUCAAGAACAUCAAGACAGUAUGGACGAAGAUUUAGCCAAUUAUGUACGAGAACUAGAAAGAAUUGACCAAUCAGAUGGCAAUAUGACUGAGCGCAGUGCAAGACUUCAGCAGCGAACAAGAAGAAAAUGUCGUGCAACCCAAACACCAACAUUAGCAUCAAGAGGCACCCCAUUUGAUCCGUUUGACAGUGAUGAUGAUUCCUAUCCAAAGAGACCACCUUUCAGAAGAGGAAAUGGCAAUCAUUCAAGAACUAAUUUAAAUUUAAGUAGUGAUAGAUUUUCUCCAAGUCCCAGAAAUGGUCAAUUUAAAACCGAUCCAAGAACUUUGAACUUAAGUCGUGAUAGAUCUCUUUAUCAGAGUCAUGAUAGGUCGUUUAACAACAGUCGUAACUUCCAUGAUCACAGUUUCCGUAAAGGUGGAGCUGCUGCUUAUUUAGAAUCAGAGAGCGAGGAAUCUGGAUAUGGUGAUACGUUCGCUGAAACUAUGAAUGCUUCUAGCUUUGAUACCCAACUAAAUGAUACUCUAUCAGCCUCUAUUCAUCUGAAAGAAACCAUCAUAGUUUAUGACUCAGAUGGAGAGGGUUCAACUGACAGCUACAUUGAAGGUUAUUUUGCUCCAACAGAUCCAGAAAAUAUGCAUGAUAUUGGCUGUCAAACUCCCGGCCACGUGCGAACUCAAACAGAUGAAUCCUUGUUUGCUGCAACCCCAAGAAGUAUCCAAACUCAAACUCCUAGAUCUAGAUCAAGACAAAAUGGCGAUAUUUCUAUGGAGUCAAUAGGUUCUAAAAAGAGAAAAAAGAAGAGCAGUUCACGAUCUGACCUCUUAAGAAGUAUUUUAUCAGAAGUCAAGGACAUUAAAAAACAACAUGGUAUAGAUAGUGAUAGUGUAUGUGAUGAUAACGAAAGUGUCAAUUCUGAAACAUCCAUUAAGAAAGAAACCCUUAAAUCUCUUUAUAAAGACAUGAAGGACCUGAAGUCUCAAGGAAGUCAGGAUAAUGCAGCGACACAAACAAUGAGCCAACAAUCAACUCAGACACCAUUCUUUCCUGAAGGUGCUGAAGCCUACCCUUCACACCAUGGUAACAUUCAGGAAAAGCUCGAUGAAGUUCGAUAUUUACGCAGUAAUAGAACAACACCUUCUCAUCUGCGAGGCUCACAUCCCAGUUUACUUGAGUCUCCAAUGGAAGCAAGGUAUGCUGGUAGUUCUGGCACUACACCAGCUCGAUUUGGAUCACCAACACCAAUGACUUCUGCUCCAGCAAGGGCAGCUAAUCCUCCACCUUAUGGUAAUGCUAACAGUCCAUAUCAGUACGCUGAUGGACAUUACAGUGGUACCCCAGUGGAACCAUUACCUACCCCUAGAAUGGUCACUCAAGAUGAUCUUGAUGCUGUUCAACAGAGAAUCAACCGUUUGCAGAAUUACCAGAUCUCACCUAAUCGAUCUCAACCCAUAUUCCGUGAGCAUCGACGAUUGAUUCCUAUAGGAAGGGAGUAUGUUCAACCGCGAAGACUGAAAUUGCGACAGUUUACUCGAUCAUAUGAUGAUAUGGACUUAGGUGACAGACGGAAUGCAUCAAGGCGUGGUCAUUAUAUGCACAGAAGUAGAAGUGACCAUACCAUUAUGGACAGAUAUCAUUUAGAUGAUGCUUUAGCUGAGGCAGCAAGAACAGCUAAACAGCUGAAAAAGAUAUCAUCUCGAAUGAAACAUGAAUUUAGAGAAGAUUUAAGGAGAUACAGAUACUAA